AUGAAGAUUAAACAAGACUGUAAACAAAAGCCAGUUUUAAAAGUUAAAAAAGUAACAAAAAACAGCGAGUCAUAUUUGAACAAAGCUGUUAAAAAUGUUAAACAAAUUUUGAAGAAAAAAGUUACACCAACAGAGACUAAUAAGGUAGAAGAAAAAAAGACCAAAAAUGUAGAAGAAAAAAGACCAUUUCGUUUGGUUAAUAAAAGUAAAAAAAAAGGAUUAGUCUAUAUUGGUCAUAUCCCUCAUGGAUUUUAUGAAGAACAAAUGAAAGAAUAUUUUUCUCAAUUUGGAAGAGUAACACGAGUGUGAUUAGUCAGAUCAGCCAAGACUGGAAAAAGUAGAGGCUAUGGUUAUGUUGAGUUUGCAAUGCCAGAUGUUGCAGUUAUUGCUGCAGAGUCCAUGAACAAUUAUCUGAUGGCUGGUAGAUUAGUUAAAACCACCUAUGUUGCUCCAGAAGAUCAACAAAAAAAAUAUUUUAAAGGUCCACAAUGGUCAGAAACAACAUAUCCAAAAUUGACAAACCGAGCUAACUACAUUGAUAAAUAUAAUGCUCCAAUUUCUGAGGAGAAGCACGAACUUCAGGUAAAAAAAACUAUGGAAAGUUUUUCUACUUUAUCAGAAAAAUUAAAAGUAGAAGGGAUUGACCUAGACUUUAAAAUUAGUCAAACAACAUUAUAA